AUGCACACACGCACUCGGUCAGUCAUUCAGUCAUAUUCAUGCAAUGAUCACAUAUACUUUCACACGCACUCGCUUACACAAACACCCGUUGUGACGAAUGCCAACAGUCUGUUGCAUGAAAGUCUGCUGCCAGGCGGACCCGCGCCGAGUAUGCCGGAACUCACGUCAACCGGAUCAAGCCGUCGCGGUUUCGCAUGCUCCCCAGAGCACAGAACUCCAUCCCUGUUGACUCGUCCCGGAUCCGGCGACAACGUUGAAGGCAGCGGCAGUUGCGCUGGUCUCGGCGAGUCGAUGGGCGGAGCGAGAGGUACCGGAAGUGGACUUGGAAUCGGCACCGGCACCGGCGGUGGGCCCAUCCAUGCGACUGCCGGAUCAAAGCUGCGGUAA